UUUCGCAUGGCGGACGUGCAAGUGAACUCUGUUAUUUGUUGGUGAUAAUUUCAAUUAUUAUCUUGUCGAGAUUCCUUAUGGAAAGAACAAUUCUAUUGCUUCUAUUUCUUUGCGGACGUGCAUUAUUCAUUCCUUAACAUCUGAUAAUGUUAAAGUGUUAGUUAUAGUUAAAAUAGUGAGAACUGCAUAGGUUUUUCUCAAAAAUGGGAAAAUGUGACGAAGCUAAUGUCGAAGUUAGUAUGGGGGACUCGGCGUCCCCCAUGAAACCUGAUAAUUUCACCUUCACUGUACCUCCAGAGGCACCAGUCUUCGAGCCAACGCCUGAAGAGUUUUUGGACCCACUGGCAUACAUCAGCAAAAUAAGGCCCAUCGCGGAGAAGUCAGGGAUUUGUAAGAUCAAGCCCCCGGCACACUGGCAGCCUCCGUUUGCAGUGGAUGUGGACAGAUUAAGAUUCACUCCUCGCAUACAACGGUUAAAUGAAUUAGAGGCGAUAACUCGCGUGAAGCUGAACUUCCUGGACCAGAUCAUCAAGUUUUGGGAGCUGCAGGGCUCCGUACUGAAGAUCCCCACAGUGGAACGCAAGCCACUAGAUCUCUAUGCACUGCAUAAAAUUGUUAAAGAAGCAGGUGGUUUUGAAGUGUGCUCGUCGGAGCGCAAGUGGUCCAAGAUAGCGCGUCGCAUGGGCCAUCCUCAGGGUAAAGGCAUAGGGUCCAUACUAAAGAACCACUAUGAACGCAUCCUGUACCCCUACGAUGUCUUCAAGAACAGUGGAGCCGUUGGUGAUAACAAAGAAACGAAAAUAGAAGUAAAACAAGAGCAGACACCGGAGAAGGCUGGUGCACGUAGCCGGUCAAGCAGCAAGUGCCCGGCUGCAACUCCACCACCCGCCGCGCGCCGCUACAAGAGCUCUGAGCCGGAGCCCGAGGCGGAGGGCAGUCGCACUGAGGGCGCUCUGCUCGACCACACUGACAGGAAGCUGCGCACUCCCAGCAAGGAUGAAAAUGCCAGCGAGACCAGGCGGAGUCCUCGCGAGAACAAGUGGAUGUCUCCUGGCGGCAGCUGCGGUGUGGGGAGGUCGCGGCGGCUGCGCGAGCACCGGCUCAGCAACAUGACGGUGUCGGUGACGCCCGCACCUGCGCCCGCACCACAUGCGCACCACCACAACCCUGAUGAUCCGCUGGCGAAGUACAUGUGCCACGUGUGCGGGCGCGGGGACGUGGAGGAGCAGAUGCUGCUGUGCGACGGCUGCGACGACUCGUACCACACCUUCUGCCUCGUGCCGCCGCUCGCAGACGUGCCCAAGGGGGACUGGCGGUGUCCCGUCUGUCUCGCAGAGGAGGUGUCGAAGCCGGCGGAGGCGUUCGGGUUCGAGCAGGCGACGCGCGAGUACACGCUGCAGCAGUUCGGCGAGAUGGCCGACCAGUUCAAGUCUGACUACUUCAACAUGCCCGUACACAUGGUGCCGACGUCAACAGUGGAGCGCGAGUUCUGGCGCGUGGUGUCCUCCAUAGACGAGGACGUGACGGUGGAGUACGGCGCUGACCUGCACUCCAUGGACCACGGCUCCGGUUUCCCGACAAAGUCGAGCGCGCACCUGUACCCCGGAGAGCAGCAGUACGCGGACUCGAGCUGGAACCUCAACAACCUGCCCGUGCUGGACGGCUCCGUGCUCGGUCACAUCAACGCUGAUAUAUCCGGCAUGAAGAUCCCCUGGCUAUACGUGGGUAUGUGCUUUGCUACAUUUUGCUGGCACAAUGAAGACCAUUGGAGUUACUCAAUCAACUACCUGCACUGGGGCGAGCCGAAGACUUGGUACGGAGUACCGGGCUCCAAGGCGGAGCAGUUCGAGGCCGCCAUGAAGGCGGAGGCGCCGGAGCUGUUCCAGCUGCAGCCUGACCUGCUGCACCAGCUCGUGACCAUUAUGAACCCUAAUAUACUCAUGAAGGCUGGAGUACCGGUGUAUAGGACGGACCAGCACGCGGGCGAGUUCGUGAUAACGUUCCCGCGCGCCUACCACGCCGGCUUCAACCAGGGAUACAACUUUGCUGAGGCAGUCAACUUCACUCCCGCUGACUGGCUGAAGAUGGGUCGCGAGUGCAUCGCGCACUACUCGACGCUGCGGCGCUACUGCGUGUUCUCGCACGACGAGCUGGUGUGCAAGAUGGCGCUGGAGGCGGACGCGCUCAGCCUGACGGUGGCGCUGGCCGCCUACCGCGACAUGCGCACCAUGCUGCACGACGAGCGCAAGCUGCGCAAGGGUCUGCUCGACUGGGGCGUGACGGAGGCGGAGCGCGAGGCGUUCGAGCUGCUGCCGGAUGACGAGCGGCAGUGCCAGCUGUGCAAGACGACGUGCUUCCUGUCGUGUGUCACGUGCGCGUGCACCACGCACGUCGCCUGCCUGCGACACUACGCGCAGCUCUGCGCAUGCCCGCCCGCCGCGCACAAGCUUAGGUAUCGGUAUACACUGGACGAGCUGCCGGCGAUGCUGGACAAGCUGAAGAAGAAGUCGGAGCUGUUCCGCGAGUGGGCGGAGGCGGUGCAGAACGCGCUCGACCCCGACACGCCCAAGACAUGUGACCUUGACGGACUGCGCGCGCAUCUGCGCCGCGCACACGAACUCAAAAUGCACAAAACGGAGCUGGUGCGCGCGCUGGAGACGGCUAUUGAAGAUGCGGAGAAGUGCGCCUCGGUGAUCCAGCAGCUGGACCUGAACAAGAUGCGCACGCGCACGCGCCACCACGACCCCAAGUACAGGCUCACCAUACAUGAACUGACGCUUUUCGCCGCUGAGAUUGAUGGACUCGCCUGUGUCCUGCCUGAAGGUUCAGCAGUAAAGGAAGUGUUAAGACAGACUGAGGAGUUCGAAGACCGAGCGACGGAGCUGCUCAGCAAGGACCUAGAUGAGGUGGACGCUGCCACUGUCAGGGAAUUAGAGGAGGUGGUAGAGCUGGGUUCGCGGCUGUGUAUCGUGCUGCCGCAGCUGGCGGGGGCGCAGGGGCGACUGGCGCAGGCGCGCUGGCUGGCGGAGGUGCGGGCGCUGCGCGAGGACUGCGCCGCGCUCACCCCGCCCGUGCUGGACCGCCUGCUGCGCGACGCCGACAGCGUGCUGCCACAUCGCAGGGUCGAGCAGGAGAGAGCGGCCCUCUACAAGUUGAGAGCACAAGUGGAGGAGUGGGAAGCGCGUGCGCAAGCCGUACUGUGCGAGGGGCGGGGCGAAGGUGGGCUCGGAGCUGCAGGGGGUGGGGCCGGCGAGGCGCACACCAGCCUGGCCGAGUUGGACCAGCUACUGGCCGACGGCGACGACAUCGACGCCGCGCUGCCCUCGCACCACGCUCUACACCAAGCAGUCGCACACGCCAGAGACUGGCUAGCAAAGGUGGAAGAGAUGCAGUCGAAGGAGCUGUACCCGUACUUGCACAGCGUGGAGGCACUAGCGAGGCGCGGGGCUCAGAUUCCCCUCGCACUAUACGAGAAGGACCAGCUCGCCGCCGCGCUGCACUCCGCCAGGGAGUGGAAACGCGGCGCGGCAGACAUGUUCCUCAAGAAGAACUGGCCGUACACUCUGCUAGAGGCGCUGUCCCCCCGCACGGAGUACACGGGCGGGGCGCGGCGGCGGGGGCGGGACGCGGGCGAGGCGGGGGCGUUCCUGCAGCACUUCAGCGAGGACGCCACGCCCACUGAGAUCGUCGCCGCCUUCAAGCAGGCCGAGCACAGGGAACUCGCCGCCAUCAAAGAACUCAGGGCUCGAAAUAUGCGCAAAGAGGUCCGCUCGGCGCCCAUCACCGGGGUCACAUUCUGUCUGUGUCAAAAGCGACAGUACGGCGUCAUGUCGCAAUGCGAACUCUGCAAGGAUUGGUUUCAUGCAUCGUGCGUGUCAUCUGCACUGGAGGAGCGCGACUCAUCGCCGGAGCGCGGGGAGCCGCCGCCCGCAGAGCAGAAGUUCCUCUGCCCGGACUGCACGCGCACCAAGCGCCCUCGUCUGCACCGCAUACUGGCCUUACUGGUGUGGCUACAAAAGCUGCCGGUGCGCCUGGCGGAGGGCGAGGCGCUGCAGUGCGUGACGGAGCGCGCCAUGGCGUGGCAGGACGCGGCGCGCGCGCUGCUCGCCGCCCUCCCGCACCACGCCCACACCCUCACCCUCGCGCACAACCUCGCGCACCAGACCGACCACAGGAGGGACAGCGGCACACACUCGCAUGCCUCCAGGUCAUCGGCGAGCGUGGAGCACGCCUACAGCGCGACGCCGCGUUCCCCCAGCGCGCGCCUACCGCCCGGCCUGCUGCAGAAACUUGAGGAUCUUAUGCUGGAAGGAGAUUUACUAGAGGUGCGGCUGGAAGAGCAGAGUCAGGUGUGGAGCGCGGUGGUGGCGGCGCGGGGCGCGGAGGGGCGGCGCAGCGCGCGCGUGCUGGACGCGGGGAGACGCAAGCGCCCGCAGCGCGCCCCGCGCCCGCACAGGCAGCUCAAGCGCACGCGCCCGCAUCACGGCCCAACAACAACAACAACAAAGACUACGAUAAAACGAGGCUCAGCCACGACAACAAAUUACUUAAAUAGAAAACAGGGAAUGUCGUCGGGUUCGGGGCUGAUGAUGAGGAAGCACUACAUGGCGCGGCAGGAGCGACGCAAGCGCGGCCUGGCCGCAUCCACGCGCGGCAAGCACGCCCGACAGGCCAGGAUAGCAAGCGGGGCGGGCGCGGGGGCGGCGCGGCGCAGCACGCUGGCAGCGCGACGCAGCAGCUCCUCGUCAGUCUCCUCCGCUUCCUCUGACGAGGACUGCGCAGCUGACAACUGUCUCAGGCCCACAGGCAAGGAAGUGGACUGGGUGCAGUGCGACGGCGGCUGCGACCAGUGGUUCCACAUGCACUGUGUGGGACUCAGCCGCGGCGCGCUGCGGGAGGACGACGACUACGUGUGCGGAGCAUGCGCGCGCGACACUCGCCACACUCGCGACUCCCGCUGAACAUCUCUCAUCAUUUUACACAACAAAUACGCUAUAAUUAAUUAUUUAUAAGUAACAAUGAAUUACCAACAGUAUAUUGUUAUAACAUCCACUUUGUAUGAAGGAGAAACAAACAAUGAUCAAGGAUUUUACUGAAUUUUGUCAUAAUUGUAAAAUGUACAUUAUUACAAGAUUUGUUUUUUUAAUAUUGAGACAAAUUAUAAAAUAACGUUUCGCAGUUACAAUGCGAGUCGCGCUUCAUUGUAUAAAAUUGUAAAUGAUGAACAAAUGGAAGGAAGUAAUGUAUCAAAUUGUUGCAUAUCCGCGAUGUAUUUGUUUACGACACUGUUGUGACAAUUUGUGAGAGAUUCACAAUAACGUCAGGUGAAAAUAUUGAAUAACAGAGAUUCGCUUGCACUCCGCGGGUGCGCUACCACAAUGUUCAUAGACGAAUAACUUUUUUUCAUAUAUAUUUAAGAAUAACUAAUUUGAUAUGUUCCUUGUAUAUUCAAUAUCUCGAUGUACCCUCCCAAAUCACUAAUUUCCCUGCUUUUACAAUGUAAAUGUGUUUAGUAUUAUUGUUGUGGGGGGCGGCACUGUACCUGCGCACGCGCACCUCAUCAUGUCGGUUGUAAAUUUCAAUGUGUUCAUUAUAAUAAUUGUUACGUUUAAAGUUUGCCGACAUUGAAAUUGAAACCUUAACGUCUUGCAGUUAGAUACAAAAUGCGACGCUCGACACUCAGUCGAUGUUAAAUUAGUGAGAACCAGGACUGUCACUGGAUUUUGUAAAUAUUUUUGAAUUGGAAUGAAUUUGAUGUAUUUUGUGUAGACUCGUUGUUUAUUUUUUGUGAUUUUUUCUUAUAAAACUACGUCCGUACUACGUAUACCAUUUUGAUUAUAUUUUAACUUGAACAAAACUUAACUUACACUUGAAGUUUAUAAUAUCGGAUGUCAGUGUUAACUAAGCAGUUAUUGUGUUAGAAGAAUAAAGCACGAAUUACGCUUCAUUGACUUUAAUAUUUGUUACAAAAAAACCGCUGUCGGGACAUUUCUAUGAAAAAUUAUUUGCUGAAGUCGUAUUAUAAUUAUAAAUACCGUUUAAUCAUUGGCAUAUCCAGAAAGACUAAACUUGUCCUGCUGUAAAUGUUUCUCUUAUCAUGGGUUUCUUAAACCAAAGUACUUCUAUAAACAUAUCGUCACCCUUUUCUUUAUCUUUUACAAAAUAAAAAUAACAAUAUGUUAAAUGGAAAUUUUGAUCUCAGAAACCCACAGUUAAAAGUCUAUUAAUUAUCAUAUUGAAUAAUCGCUUUGUCCAUUCUGUUUGUUACUUAGAUAAUGGAGAGAAACACUGAAAGCUGUAAAUAUGUGGCGCUAGCGUCAACAGUGGACUGACGUCUGUCAAAUAUUUUAUACGUCAUUGUAUCCAUUUGAAAAUAUGUAUUCCGGUUUUCAUUCUUUGUUAAACCAUUUAUGUUCUACAAAAAUUACUUUUUUUUAAAUUUAUUAAGUGAAUUGAACUAUGCAUAUAAAAUAAAAGGUUUUUUAUAUAUCUGUAUAUUUAGUGUUACAUCCACUGUUGACCGUGGUGACAUCUAUUGAACAAAAGGCAGUCCCCCCCCUCCCGUUGUAGGAAGUGUCCCGGCGCGAGGUGGAUGUUUUAUACUAAAGUUGUAAAUAUACCGUGUAGGUGUGUGUGUGUGUAUGUGUGUGGCCACGCCCCCUCCGCUCUCAGACCACAGACGAGGACAGACGAACUUUGAUACAAGUGAUGUUUGUAUCACAUUCUGAGGUAGACAAUAUUUCUCGCAGUUGGAGUCAGGUUGAUGUAUGUAUAGUUACUGAAGAGUAAAUAUAUUUUAUUAAUGUCCAAUUUUAGAUGAAAAGCUUCAACUUGUUUUCUGUGUGUAUUUAUAUCGCUUCUGUAUCGGCGACUGUGAACUCUAUGCCCUCGUGUUAAGAUGUAUUAUUCUACAUCGAUGCUACUUGUUUUGUAGUAUUUGUGUAACAUACCGACUAGUGUAAUUAUUGUAUAUUUUUUAUAUUUGUAGCAGUAUGACAAAUUUGUAUAAGCCAAUUUGAACUCUAUUGCGUCGUUUGUAAGUUUCAAUUUGCCCCGGCGUUGCUUUCAGAUGAAUGUUUGUAAUAUCAUAAAUUGUUAGAACUAAGAAUGUAAUACAGCUGAUGAUGCCGACCGUUUUUUUGCUUUUUUUACCUUUUGUAUACAUCUAUUUGAUAUUAAAUUAUUAUUAGUACUUUGCGAUUUUUAUAUAAUAGGCCAAAUCAUAUAAGUUCGCACUUUUGAUCGUAGAGGUAAAUUUAUUUUGUUAAGACGUGAUAUAAUAUUAAAAUUAACUUAGCGAAAGUAUUCUGUGUGCGAACGCCACCGAAGUAUCCAGCUUCUAGAACUACGGUGGCGUACUAACAAUAAUUUUGAUAUACUUCUUGAAAAUGAUAGGAGAAUAGUUUAGUUUUUCUAUGGAACUAUCGGCGUAUCGACCGCGUUAUUUAUUAACAAGAUGGCUGUUAAAUUUUUUUAUGUUUUAAGUUAAGGCGGCGUCAUUUGUUCUGCCGACGCCCCACUGAUCUCUGCUUCAUAAUUGUCACUAUGUACGCACAUUGCAAACGCGACCUUAUUUUUAGUACUGUAAAGUCUCUUUUUGGUCGUGGAAUGUCGUGAGGUUUGUGUACAGGCGGUUGCAAUGUGCGCACUUAGCAGUUUAUAUCUGAUCUGAUGUUAAAUGUUUAUAUAAAUGUAAAGGAAAGCGGGGAGCGUGUGCGAGUGCGAGUGCGAGUGCGGCUGACGACUGUACAUAGGAUAGUUAAGAGAGAGAAGUCGUUUGUGCAACUAUACGGGUGCGAGCGAGACGACAACGUGACGGUUGUUUGACAUGAACACUGCGACCUCAGCACCGCGUAUGGUUGGACAGACCGACCUUAUCAUGUACCAAAUAAUAUAGAAAAUUAUAGAAAAAUACCGGUGACUUUUAUUUUUUUUUA